AACAGGCUGCAAUGGCUGAUCAGAAUUCUACUAUACCGAAACCGAGUCUGUCUGACCAUGAAGAUGGUGAUGAGCCUUUACUUUUCAAACGGCAUAACACUGCAUCUAAAGCAAAAGGUAAGAUGGCUCCAUUAAGGGCAAUCCCAAAAGCCUCGACUUCAUCACCUGUGUCUAGUUAUGAUCAGUCUAAACAGUUGCCAGAACAAAUCGUGCCGUCUGCAUCUGCUAAACAUCCUGCUCCAGCAGAAGAGAAUAGUGAUUCUGAUGAUGAAAAACCGUUGUGUGCUUUCAUGAAGGCUGGUUCCGAUGAGGCAGGAGAUUGGGAUUCGGAGGAUGAUGAUAAUCAACCUCUAUCGUCAAGGUAUUUAAAGGGAAAGGGGAAAACUCCUAAGAGGCCUCUGGAUCAUCAAACCAAUAUUUCUGAGCAGUCUUCAGCUAAGAAGCCAAAAGUUUUAGGUUCUCACCCUAAGAAUAAGCAAGUAUCAUCCCCAAAACAUGAGCCAGAGGUAGAUUAUGAUGACAGUAGACUUGCACAUAGAAUGAGGAAAGCUAGAUCAGUUAACAAAUCAUCGCUGACGACAAAGAAAAAGGUACCAAAAAUCAGUUCAUCCUCCAAUACGAUCAAAAAGGGCAAAAAGCCAGAUAAAGUGUCCAAGGAUCAACCUAGCUCUAAAUCUGAUAAUAAGCCGAAGAAGUGGACUAGUUUAGUUCACAAUGGUGUCGUUUUUCCACCACCUUACGAGCCUCAUGGGGUAAAGAUGCUUUACAAUGGGAAGCCAGUUGAUUUGACAACUGAGCAAGAGGAGGUCGCAACAAUGUUCGCAAUGAUGACAGAUACAGAUUAUGUGAAUAAACGAAGAUUCAGAGACAAUUUCUGGAUGGAUUGGAGCAAGUUGCUUGGAGAAGAGCAUGUGAUACAGAACUUGGAUGCUUGUAAUUUUCAACCAAUAUAUGAAUGGUGGUGCCAAGAGAAGGAGAAGAAGAAACAAAUGAGUAUGGAAGAGAAGAAGGCUGUGAAGGAGGAGAAAUUAAAACAAGAGGAGAAGUAUAAGUGGGCUACUAUUGAUGGUGUAAAAGAGGAGGUUCAGAGCUUUAGAGUUGAACCGCCUGGAUUAUUCCGAGGUCGUGGCGAGCAGCCACAGUCAGGAAGGUUGAAAAGGCGGAUUGUUCCAAGUGAUAUUACAAUCAAUAUAGGAAAGGAUGCCCCAGUUCCUGAAUGCCCCAUUCCCGGUAAAAGUUGGAAACAAAUAAGGCAUGACAAUACUGUUUCAUGGUUAGCUUGCUGGGAUGAUCCAAUUUCUGAGGAGAAAACCAAGUACGUAAUGCUGGGAGGUAGCAGUUCCUUGAGGGGUCAAAGUGACAAGGAUAAAUUUGAGAAAGCAAGGGAGUUGAAGGACUACAUAAAUGAUAUCAGGACUGCAUACACUAGGGCUUUUACAAUCCCUAGUAAAGAAGAUGGUGCAAAUUUAAAUAGGCAGAUAGCAGUAGCUACUUAUCUCAUCGAUAGAUUUGCUUUGAGGGCUGGGAACAAGAAGGAUGUUAAUGAGGAAGCCGAUACUGUUGGCUGCUGCACAUUAAAGGUAGAGAAUGUAAAAGCAAUUGCCCCCAACUUGCUGGAGUUUGACUUUCUUGGUAAAGAUUCAAUCAAAUAUCACCAAACUCAUCAAGUUGAGCUUCCUGUUUACAAGGCAAUCAAGCAGUUUCAGAAUGGAAAGAGUAGUAGUGAUAAGCUCUUUGACCAGUUGGAUACGAAUAUAUUGAAUGCACAUCUAAAGGAACUUAUGCCUGGCCUUACAGCAAAAGUGUUCCGAACAUACAAUGCAUCUAUCACAUUGGAUAAUAUGUUGAAUGAGAAGACUAAAAAAGAGGGAGAUGUUUCAGCUAGAGUUGAAAUUUACAAGGAUGCAAACAAGAAGGUUGCUAUCCUUUGCAAUCAUCAGCGUACUGAACCAAAGACUUUUGGGGAGCAAAUAUCUAAGCUAAACAAGAAGAUUGAGGACUUAAAAGGCGUAAUGAAAGAUCUGGAAACAGAUUUGGUCAGAGAAAGAAAAGGAAAGUCCCCACUGAACAGAAAACAAAAGAAGAACUUGACCCCAGAUGUAUUGGAGAAGAAGAUGGCUCAAACGGCAAAGAAGAUCGAAGCCAUUGAAAGCAAAAUUGCUGACAAAGAGGACAAUAAAAAUGUUGCACUGGAAACAUCUAAAGUGAAUUAUCUUGACCCUAGGAUCACUGUUGCAUGGUGCAAGCGACAUGAAGUUCCCAUUCAGAAGAUUUUCAGCAAAAUUCAGCUCAAAAAAUUUGCUUGGGCAAUGGAUGUGGACCCUGACUUUAGAUUCUGA